AUGGGCGUGGACAGCGGGCUGCCCGACUUCCGGGGCUCCACGGGACUCUUCAAGGACCGCGAGGUGGCCAUGAGCUACGAGGAGAUGAGUGACGACAAGUGGUUCACGGAGGACCCCUUGUUCGCCUGGGGCAUCAACUACACGCAGCUGUCCAUGUAUCGUCGCAGUCCGCCCCACGCGGGAUAUGAAGUGCUACUGAAGUGGGCCAAGACCUUGGGCAAACCCUACUUCGUUUGGACGUCCAACAUCGACGGGAUGUUCGAACGAGCGGGAUUCCCGGGCGACCGGGUGGUGGCGUGCCACGGCGACCUACACCACCUUCAAUGUACCAAGGACAGAAGAACCUGCAAAGGCUUGGAAGAGGAUGGUGCGGAUGAAGUCUGGUCCUCGGAGGGGAUCCCAGACGACUUGGACGCGGAGGUGGAUCCCAAGGCCUUGCGGUUUCAGCCUGACAGCCUGGAGCGCGAGUGUUUCCUCUGCCCACGAUGUCGACGAUUAGCGAGGCCCAACGUGUGGUUCUGCCAUGACAAGAACUACAAUGUCUCCAGAGCCACAAUCAAGUGUGGCAAUGCUUACAAUCAAUGGCUCUCAGAGUUGCAGGAGCGCAAGGCUGCAUUGGUGGUGGUCGAAUGUGGAGGAGGCUUAGCCAUCCCCAGCGUGCGGGUUCAAAGCGAAGACGCCGUUGAUGGGAGCGGACCUGGCUCGCUGCUGGUACGGCUGAACCCAGUGCAUUGCAAGGUGCCGGAGAAGGGAGUGGGACUUCCGUUAGGGAGUAUGGAAGGGCUACAGCGGAUUGAUAAAGAGUUGGAAGCUUUGAAGAAGGAUGGAACUGAUGAAGCACAUGAGCGCCAAGCUCGGACUCGCCGUGGCAAAGUGCCCGGUGCACGGACCUUGUUGGCUCCCCUCCUCCGUGGCCCCUGUGAGACGCGUUUGUGCUGUGGGGUGGUGCUGCUGUUGGUGAGGCGGCCCCUUCACUGCGCCCGGUCGUGUCGCGCGCGGCGCCGCGAGCUUGCGGCCCUCCUGGCGGGGUCGGGGUCUGCACGGUGUCGGGCAGCGGAGUUCGGAGAGCUGGUGAAGGUCACUGAUCCCGAGACCUACUCCGCUUUGCUCUACCGCCCAGUGGGCUCAACAGAGCCGCGUCCCUUGUUGUUGGUGCUCCCGGGAGCGGGCAAAAACGACCAGGAUGCUUGGGACCUCGCGAACGUGCAGGGGGAGCACGGCGGCUUGGCGCCGAGCCUUUUGGCGCAGCGCACGGCACCUGAGGAGCUGGCGCAGAACUUCUGCGUGGUGGCACCCUAUGCGGCUGGAAAGCGGAGCUUCUAUGAAGAGCCCCGGAAGAAGAUCUUGGCCUUCUUGGACUGGCUGUGCCGCCAGGGCGACGGCUCGGGUGGCUCGGGCGCGGCCUCUUCGGUGCAGAUCGAUCGAGGGCGGCUCUUCUUGUUUGGCUUCAGCGAUGGCGCCACAGAGGUGAUGGAACUUGCCAGUACCAGGCGCUUUGCGGGUGGCGUGGUGUGCGCGUAUGGCUUCACGGGGGAUCUGCCCGCCCUGGCGUGUGAGAGGUUGAAGAACUUCCCUGUUUGGGUCUUCCACUGCGCGGACGACGUGAUUUUCCCGGUCUCCUGCAGCGACAAGCUGGUGAAGCGGCUGCGGGAGGUGAACUCUCGAGAUGUGGUGCGCUACACGCGCUAUGACCGCGAUCAAGAGGGCUUCACCGGCUCGGUGCGGGGGCACAGCACGGGCAUCACCGCAUCGAAGAGUGCGGAGGUCUAUCGCUGGCUGCUGUCCUUGCCACCCUUGGAGGUCUGA